AUGGAACAACAACACAUCGACGAGCUCCUAGAGCGUUACCUCGGUCUACUAAAUGAGUACACUGUCCUGCGUCAAAGUCUGUCUCAGCUUCAGUCUGGUGUGUACCAGAACAUUGCGCGAGCAAACUUCUCUGGCGAGCGGGGUAUGAGGUACGGCCAGGACCAUUACGAUGAGAGGAUGCAAGCCGCUCGACGCUUGGCCAUUGGUGUGGACGGCAAACUACAGCCCACCUUUACCGUUGUCGAUGCCCUUGUGGAGGAACUAGAGGAACCUAAGAAUGAGACUUCUGAGGAGACUGAGAAGCAAAGCGACGAAAACGAUGAUACGCCAGCUCCGAAGAGGAAGGGCAAGAACAAGAAUCCUCUGCACUGGUUUGGACUCUUCGCCCCGAUGCCGCUCCGCACUGCCCAGACUCAAUCAAUCCAAGCGGUGGAGGACAUCAUUCCCCGGCUCGUCUCUAUCAACGCCGAGAUGCUCAGUCUCGAAAUUGAGGUUCGUCGAGCGCGUAAGCGAAGGGCCAAAGCAGAAGCCGCAGUGAAGAAGGGUGAAGCUACAAACGUCACGGACACGCAGCCUCAGACAGCACCUGUUGAAGCGUCGUGA